CGGGCAAUUACUGGUGAGGUAUCGAAUAUGCCACAGGAGUCGAAGAGACAGGGAGUGUCUUCUUCUGAGAUCGUUCUCGGUUUCCCGAUUGGAAAGGACGGUCAGCCGAGGCGAGAAUCGCAACAGGCAUAUGCUUUCCUUCCAAUACGUGAUUAUGGAUUCGAGUUUCUCAUACAAGCCGACUUCCUCUUGAUCGCCAGUCGAGAAGACAUCGAUGACUCGUCGGAAUGGAACCAUGCACUUCGUGCAGCUUUGUUCCCUGCACUCUUGGACACUGUAAAGGAGUUCAAUAAAGGCAAAUUUCGAUACUCUUGGCCUAGAUAUCUUCCCAUCCGAGAGCCGCUACAGAGCUUUCUCAAACCAUUCCAUCUUGAAAUGCGAAACAAGCUCGCAUUGCAAGAUGUCCUUUACUCACAAUCGGGGACUUUAACUCGUCCGAAUAGUCUUAUAUAUGUUCCAGAAAAGUUCACAUUCAAUGCAGCGCCGCUAACCAUCAGCGCCCAAACAUCUGGCCGCUAUCUUUCUGGUCGUUAUCUGGAGUCUGAUUUGAAGUACCUCGAAGUGAUGAGUGUUGAAGCAAUGUCAGAGUUGAGAUUCUUCGCCGAAUUAACCUCGUUUCUCAAGACUUCCAUGGGCGUCUUCAAGACAAAGUCCCGGGCAUGGCAUUCGCAUCUUGCAAGCAUACUGAUGCGACUUCCACGAGAAUACUACACUCAACUCGCCGAUCUCACACUCGUGCCUCUCAACAACGGAACCUGGAUCGCCGCAAAUGGCCGACAGAUUCUCUUCCCCGCCGCCAAAGCAGAAUUCGAACUCCCAGGUGGUCUUGAGCUCUCAGUAGUAGACUCCACAGCUGCCGCUGAUCCAGCUCGGAAGAAGCUAUACAGCUUCCUAGGGGUCGGGGAUCUAGAACAGGAGCCAGUCGUACGACACAUUCGAGACUUGCAUCAAAAUAAUCGCGUAAAUUCAAGCUCCGUAUCUCGCGGUGCCCUCGUCUCGCAGAUCAAGUUCCUUUACUCUGCUGCGUGGAUAAAUCCCGAGUUCCAGAGAUUUUGGUUUAUGUCUGAAUCUGGACAGCGCAUCCAUGGUUCGCAGCUGUAUCAAGACUCGACAAAGGCGCUCUCGGCGACGUUCUUCUUUGGUGCGCAUAGAAACAAGUUUCGCUUUAUCCACAAAGAUUAUAUGGAGGCUUCAGGACAGGGCAGGAAAUGCGAUCUGUGGGUUGCCUGGUUGGAGGAGAAGAUGGACGUUGCUACGAUCCCUAGACUGGUUUCUACGACCACCGACAGAGGUUUCAAACUUUCCGAGGACUUCGAGUUUAUCAUCAAGACGUUCCCAUCUUUUGCCGUUCUGGGUCUUCUUCGAGAGAACUGGGACAAAUACUCUAGAUUCUUUGAUCCGGAUGAGUUGAAGAAGUGGAAUGAAAAGGAGAUAGGGGUGAAAUAUGACACUAAGAGAUUCCAUAUUUCCGGUGAUCGACUGAAGCAGAAACUGAGUUCUAUGCUUGUUACUUGCACCGAUGGCAAGAAGCAUCGGUUGGAUACCACGUUCCUUCCAUCGAAAGAACUUCUCGUGCUGAGCAUACUUGGUGUUUCUAUCAAGGUCGAUGUUUCAGUCUAUCUGCGCUGCUUGGAACAGCUUGCGCUUGAGAGCUCGAAUGACAGUGCUCGGAUUAUGAAGCUGUUAGAUACGAUUCAGUAUCGAUGUGGCGAUGAGAAAGAAGCCGCGAUCAUCAAAAAAUUCUUCACGGACAGAAAUAAUCUGAUAUACAUACCCGCUGCGAGGAAAGGGGCAAAUUCGACAUGGCUUCCCAAAUCUCAAUGUCGAUGGAAAGGUCCUCCAUUGGGAAAAGUCGCGAAAGAGCCGCGGACUUUCAAGAGUCUGAAAGACAUUUAUCCUGGGAAAAACACACUGUUCUGCGACAUCCUCGGUAUCCAGGACGCUACACUCCGCGAUCUCUUGGAAGAAGCCAAAUCCUUCGCUGUAGGCGACUCCUUAGCGCACAUCACCUCCAUCUUCCACGCCAUGGAGAAACUGCUUGAAGAAGACGAACAUCCCAUCUCCACCACGGCCGAACUGCGGAAUUUUGAUUUCAACCACCGUGAGAAGAUGUUCCCCGUUUCCAAGGUCUGGAACCUGGACACCGACGAAGCAUCCGAGUUCCAGGACUCGUCUGUUGUCUCGGAAUGGUUUAUCGCGGAUACGGCACCUCUUCGUACUAUUUUUGCGGGUGUGGUUCCGUUACUGGAUGUCAAGGUCGAUGAUCUGGCUCCGAUGGAUCAAGUGUUAACGGAACUGGGGCUGAAAUCGAGGUUAUUAAGUAAGCAGGUUGUCAGUGUACCGAAGACUCAUGGGACGGUCGUGUUAAACGAAGAACUUACCAGCCUUUCAGAUCGAAGAUUAAUCCCCACAACCAAAAACCACCGAGCUCGGCGCCAAGAAAUCGUCAAAGAGCUGCGCAACCUUCAAGUCUACACCGCCGACGAAGUCAUCCAAGAAUGGUGUGUAACCUACAAGAAAAAAGCCGUCAAAGGCCCACCGGGCAACGGCCGCGUUGCUCUCGUUGCAGAAAACGAUGUGCUUAAGAUCUACUUAGCGGUCAAAGGAGGGUUUGAGAUGGAGCAAACGCCCAUAGAGCUUGUGGAUGAGAUGUUCACUUUUUGCGGGAUGCAGGCCCAGAAUCCGCCGCAUAGCGAGAUGUGUUUGCAUAUUGCGCUCUCGCAGGGCAACCUUGCAGGGAUCUCGAAGGUUUUUGCUGAUAAGGGGAUUCCGAGUCUGGAGGGGUUGAAGUUCGCAGAUAGGAGGACGUCUGAAGAUGGUACGAAGGACGAAAUGGAGGAAGGUCAGGGAGCAGAUGGGUCGAAGAAUAAAUUCCGUGUACUUCGUGAGUUACCUCUUAUUGUUCUAGGGUUGCCUGUUGGAAUCGUCGUUGGAGUGGGAGCAGGAGUGGGCUCGUUGAUCAAGUCAAGAAAGCUUUUCGAUGGUAAAGUGGAUGGAGACGAUGAUAAGAUCGACAAAAGCAAUCCAAAGCCGAAGAAGAAAGUCAAGCCUGCCAAGCCGCAAAGACCUGCUAAGGCACCGAAACAAGGAGACAGUGGAUUCGACAACUUCCAAAACUCGCUUUCGAGAGGUCUUGCACGCCUACAGCUAGCAACACUUUGCUCCGAGACCGUCGCAUUCAGAGGCGAGCUCUACGUCCACAAAAUCCUUGCCUCAGCCCUAGGUCAAAACUACAACCCCCUUAUACACUGGACUUUCCCCCGCCGUUCCCGCGCCCACAUACCCCGCUUCCACACCAGCAACUCCUUCAGCCACGCAACAUUCACAUUCACCGACCCGUCAGGAGCCUUCACCCAGCUCCUACACACGCACCACUACCCCGGCGCCGCGAACUGGGCCGCCGACCCGCCGACGUACCAUAUCGACGUUAAGGCCGCGAAAGGCGACGUGAAGUCCGAGUUUGUGCUCAGUCCGGUGGAGUUUGAGCGUGCGAAGAGAUUUAGCGUUUUGAUGAGGGAGGAGGGGAAGGGGCCGAGGGAUGUGUAUAUUUUGGCGCGGGUGUUUGAUGUUGGGGUGCAGGAGGAGGGGGAGGGGGAGGAGAGUAGGAUGGUGUUUUUGGUGGAUCCGUGGGAGUUUUGGCAUGCGGGGCGGAUGGGGGUUAGGGUUGAGGGGAGGGUUUUGGGGACUAUUGUUUGA